CACACACACACACAAACCUGCUUUAUAAAGCACUUUCAUCAAAAUCGCUUUCCAUACUCAAUACAGUAUUCCCCCUACCCACACAUCUAAUGGCCCUUCAAUGGCUAACCUUAGUGGGUGCUAUUUGGCUUCAAUCCAUAAACGGCACAAACUCAAACUUCCCAGCCUACUCAUCUCAGCUCAAGCGACUCCUCUCCAUCUCCCAACUCCAACUCAACAACCUCACCUUCGCCUCCGACGCCGGCAAACUCUUAGGCUGGUUCGCCGGCUUCGCCUCCCUCCACCUCCCCCUCUGGCUCCUCCUCCUCAUCGGCUCCCUCCUCGGCUUCAUCGGCUACGGCCUCCAAUUCCUCUUCCUAACUAACCAAAUCACAUCUCUCUCCUAUACCCAUGUCUUCUUCUUAUCAAUUUUGGCGGGAAACAGCAUUUGCUGGAUCAACACUGUUUGUUACAGCGUCACGAUUCAUAAUUUCCCUUUCGAUCGCCAAGUCGCUGUUGGGUUAUCAACUAGCUACCUGGGUUUGAGCGCAAAAAUCUAUACAGACAUCGUGGAUGCUCUGUUUCCCUCUUCUCCGAUUGAAAGAGCCAAAGCUUACCUUCUCUUGAACUCAAUUUUACCUCUGAUGGUUUGUGUGGUGGCUUUGCCAGUAGUUAGGUAUGUUAACAGUGGGAAAUCGAGGAGAACCGAAGGUGGGUUUGUUGUAAUGUUUUCUAUAACAAUCGCCACAGGAACAUUCGCCGUAAUCAGCAGUUUUUUCAGUUUAAUGUUGGCUUCGUGGAUUAUUGUAACCGCCAUGGGGGUUUUGCUUUUGGCUCCGAUUGUUGUGCCGGUGGCGGAACGAGUCAUGGAGAGAUUGGAGAAGAAAUGCUGGAUAAGAAGAGUGUGUGAUGGUAAUGUGGAGGAGGUUGUUGGUGGUGGUGGAAAGGGGUUGGAGGAAGGGGUGAAAGGGGAACAGGGUGUUGUUGGGACAGGUGAUGAGGUGGUGGUGAGGGUGAAGGAGGAGAUUGGAGUGAAGGUGAUGAUGAUGAGAAUGGAUUUCUGGUUAUAUUUUUGUGUUUAUCUUUGUGGUGCAACACUUGGGUUGGUGUAUUUGAAUAAUUUGGGACAGAUAGCUGAGUCAAGAGGUUACCCUAGAGCUUCUUCUCUGCUGUCACUGUCUUCUUCCUUUGGAUUCUUUGGAAGACUCGUCCCCUCUCUUCUGGACAACUUCUUCUCCAGGAGUAAAUGCAUGCCUUCAAGACCAGCUUCAAUAGCAGCCUUGAUGGCUCCAAUGUCAGCAUCCUUUUUCUUACUCCUCAACAGGACCACCAUCUCCCUCUACAUCAGUACUGCCACCAUAGGAGUAUGCACUGGAGCAAUCACUUCCAUUGCAGUCUCCACAACCACCGAUCUCUUCGGUAUGAAAAACUUUAGUGUCAACCACAACAUUGUUGUAGCCAAUAUUCCAAUUGGGUCCUUUCUUUUUGGGGGCUUGGCAGCUCUUGUUUACAGGAAACAAAGCAGUGGAAGAGAUGGAAGGUGCAUUGGCAUGGAAUGCUAUCAAACAACAUUCAUUUUCUGGGGUUGCCUUUGUUUUAUUGGGACUUUUCUGGCUUUGAUCCUACAUGCAAGAACCAAGAAGUUCUAUUCACAGAGAAUAUAAAUAAAAUAAAA